AUGAGCGCUCCUCCAGCGCCUCGGAAUGGCAGCGCCAUCAAUGAGGCCCCAAACGGCAAGCCCGUCGACGACAUCAGCGACUCGGCGGCAGAUUCAGACGCUUCAGACGACUCGGACCUGAUCUCCGAAGACGCUGAUGGAGAUGACGAUGACGCCAGAGUCUUGUCCGCUUACCGCCACCUGCUCUCACGCCGAGUGGAUCUGGUGGGUGACUACGCCGGCGACGAACUGUUCUUGAUAGAGGGCGAUUCCUUGCUGCUGCGCUGCUUUGGUCACGAUAAGCUUGACUUUGAUCUCGGCUGCCAACUGCUCCACGCCGUGUACAAUGUCGAGCAUUUCCUGGCAAACCUCGUGCAGCGAAAGUGCAACUUCAGUCUCGUCUUCUUCACCUCCAAUGCCCACCUAUGCAUCCCCAGCACUGCGCAGAAGGCGAAUGACAGUAAGUAUCUGCUUGCUCGAGCGGCGCUCAUUCGCCAUCUGCAAUCCAACCUCAAGGCGCACCCUCAAAUCGCCAUCCGCCAAUUUCCCUCAUGGAGCUCGCCCGACUUCUUGCAGUAUCUACACACCACCUCGCCAUACUUCCUCAUGGCCCACGACGGUGCUCUCCCCGUCGACCGCAGAUCAAAGCAUGUCGUGAACGACACAGAUACCAUGCAGCAGCCUGCGUCGCGGGCGCCUCUACGCCGGAUGAUCCUUUCCUUCAUUGCUCGUGGUUUCAACGUAGCUCUGGUCAAUGGCCUUGAGUGGCGGGAUACAAAGGUCAUGACGAUGGUGCUCGAACCACGCCGCAAGACUGAACGCUCGCUGUUAGAAAAUCAUGACGCUGGGACUGCACAUGGACUUGCUGGCCUCGACGUCUCCGAGAAGCUGACAAAGCUUGACGCCUCGGACUUGGGUCUCACAGCACGUCAGAGCCUACUUGCUAUCACUGUAAGUGAAUUACUUGAGGGGGCAGAAGGAACCAAAAUGGAAGCUCGACUGGGUGCGGCUCUAUUGCUACACCAAGCUUUGCUAUCACAUAUGCCUCUGAACGCUCGCAGAUCCGAGGCCACUUCAGCGUCCGAUGAAGCACAGUCAACGCUUCGAGCAGCUUGCAAAGUGGCAGCAGCCAUUCUCAGCGGAGAUUCCUGGGACAAAGCAUCAGGGCAAAGCACGUGCGAUGUGUCCGACGCCAUUGACGGGAGACUGUUCCUUCUGGUAUGCGAGGCUCAACCGUCCGUGAGCACUGAAGUAAAGGCCACCUUUGAUAAACUCUUGCGCUCAGUCGAGAUGGUCUUGAGGCAAGCCGAUCUGCCUGAAGCAGACGUUACCGUCACUUCAUCGCCAUCCAAUGCACAACCCGGUGCCAAUGGCGCACAUGAUCGUGAUCUUGCUGUCCUGCCAUUCUCUAAUCACGUCUUCGACAAACACCUGGAGCCUGUACGCAUCCGGGUGGAUGCUGCUGCAGAGAGCGAGCGCAGCUUGGCUGCUCGUAGAAUCUUUCAGGAGGUGUCGCACUGGCAUAACUACAAGCGUCCUCUUGUACCAAAAGCCGUGAAAACUGCUGCAGAUGCCAAGCAGGAGUUCUUCGCUGCCCGGCGAAACCAAUGGUUCAUGGCUGAAAUGCGCGACUACGCUGCGAGCUUGACCAAUGCGAUUGGCAAGACACUGGAGCCCGAGACCAUCAUCGUGGGAGCAGUACGAAAACCGAAGGCCGGGGCUGAAUCUCCAGUAGACUCGGAUGCGUCUGAUUCUGGCACUUCAACGAGCAGUAAGAAGCCCGGUCAGAAGAAAGGCGGCGGAAAGACUGCAGCAAAAAACGCAGGUAAGCAAGCCAUGCUGAACCAGAUCGCCGCAGCAAAGGCCAAGAAAGACGAAUCCACCGGUGACAAGAUCGCGAGCUCUUGGCAGGUCGUUUGCAAGGGCUUCGAAGCCGACAGCGACCCUCGCUCUCGAUACAGAAGAGCGCGCGAGUACUUGAUCAACUUACAGGCAUCCUGGCGAGAGGUGAUUGGUCCUGAGAUCGAGCUGUAUUUGCUCAAUUGCCUCGUCUGCUUCUGGAUUGACGCUUGCCGCAAGAAGGAAGGUCCUCGGAGAAUUCAAGUCGCAGCUCUUGCAUGGUCGCAUGCUCGGAGCAUCGCACAGCGCGGUCAGUUGACCAAGACCAUCCUCAAGUGUCUCACAUUGACAGUCGAUACCCUGGGACUUCCUUCCCUUCCGAAAGCGACCGAAUCUGGCGACAGGAAGCUGGCUUUCACAUUCGUUCUGCCUACGAAGGCCGAUUCUUUGAAGGUGAACAUGUCGCCCAAAGAAUUCCAGCUUGUCCAGUGUGGACCGUACUUGGAGCGCAGCUUCGACAGUCGUCCAGACCAUCGUGUUGAUUUUCAACCCGACGGCUGGCAGCGGAACGUGCUCGACGGCAUUGAUAAGGAUCAAAGCGUCUUCGUAGUUGCUCCGACAUCCGCCGGAAAGACGUUCAUCUCUUUCUACGCCAUGCGCAAGGUUCUUGAGGCCGAUGAUGAGAGCGUUCUGGUAUACGUGGCUCCGACCAAGGCCUUGGUCAACCAAAUUGCCGCUGAGAUCCAGGCGCGAUACUCCAAGAAGUUCAAGUACGGCGGGAAGUCGGUCUGGGCCAUCCAUACCAGAGACUACAGAAUCAAUAAUCCCACCGGAUGUCAGGUGCUGGUCACAGUUCCGCAUGUCCUACAGAUCAUGCUGCUGGCUCCCUCGAACGCCAACUCUUGGUCGAGUCGAGUGAAACGAAUCAUCUUUGAUGAGAUUCACUCGAUUGGUCAAGCUGAAGAUGGUGUCGUUUGGGAGCAGUUACUGCUAAUGGCCCCCUGUCCUAUCAUCGCCCUGUCAGCUACGGUUGGCAAUCCUGAGGAAUUCAGUGGAUGGUUGGCGACCACGCAGCGAGCAAUCGGCAAGGAACUGCUUUCUGUCAAGCACCCAUACCGGUACUCUGAUUUGAGGAAGUACUACUACGUUCCGCCAAAACGUUUUACGUUUCAAGGCAUCCCGGACAAGUCAGCAUUCGGUUCGCUUGGUCUCGAAGGAUUGAAAGGCUUCAAUUUCAUCCAUCCGGUGGCUGGACUUGUAGACAAAUCACGUGGGAUUCCAGAGGAUCUCGCGCUUGAGCCACGAGACUGCUUGAUCUUGUGGCGAGCUAUGGACAAGCUACAAGACGAGAAGCAUCCAGUUCCAGCUAGCCUUAAUCCGGACAAAGCUUUGCCCGAGGUGUCACGCAAAGUCGAUAUUCUGAAGUGGGAGAAAUCUCUCAAGCAGAUCCUCGCAGACUGGAUUAGUGAUGCAACUUCACCAUACGACCGUUUGGUGAAGGAGCUUGAGCAUAGUUUCCAGAACGAGGAUCGAGACGAUGCUUACUCGACAGGCAGUGGCAGUAUCGCCGCAGCGAAGGGCUCGCUGGAUCCCGAGGAUCUGAAGAAAACCACACUGCCAAUGUUGUGUCGACUGCAGGAGCAGGAUGCGCUGCCCGCUAUUCUGUUCAACUAUGAUCGUCAUGAUUGUGAGAAGAUAUGUCGAGCAGUCGUGGAACAGCUUGCGCAAGCCGAGCUCAAGCAAAAGAAAUCUGGCCCGAAGUGGGAGAAAACUCUCGAGCGCUGGGAGGAGUGGAAAGAGUUGAAGGAGAAGACUGCGUCAAGAACUUCCAAAGCCGCAAACAAGAAGACCAGCAAGAAGAGCAAGGACGAUGACGCUGACGACGAGAAGGGCUCGAAGCUGGAUGCGCAGCGCGAUGCUGCCGGCGGCGAGGACACGAAAUGGGAAUCCUUCGAUCCAGAAGCGCCGUUUGAGGGAUUUCACUUUGCCGACCACACCAAGGUCCAGACAUCGGAUUUUGAGCGCUACAUUCGCCAACUUCGACGCCGUGAUGUGCAGCCGUGGCUCAUUGAAGCGCUCUCUCGAGGUGUCGGCAUCCACCACGCCGGCAUGAACAGGAAGUACCGUCAAGUUGUCGAAAUUCUCUUCCGCAAGCAGUUCUUGCGCGUCAUCAUCGCUACCGGUACACUGGCUCUCGGUAUCAACAUGCCUUGCAAGACAGUGGUCUUCUCUGGUGACUCGGUUUUCUUGACUGCUCUCAAUUACCGGCAAUGUGCUGGUCGUGCGGGUCGUCGUGGCUUUGAUCUGCUCGGAAACGUUGUGUUCCAAGGAGUGUCGCGCCAGAAGGUGUGCAGGCUGAUCAGCUCUCGCUUGCCCGAUCUCAACGGGCACUUCCCAAUCACGACUACACUGGUUCUCCGCCUGUUCACACUCUUGCACGAGUCGAAGAACUCCAAGUAUGCUGUGAGUGCUAUCAACGCGCUGCUUUCACAGCCUCGUUUGUACAUGGGCGGGCCAUCGUUCAAGGACGAAGUGAUGCAUCAUUUGCGAUUCUCUAUCGAAUACCUCCGCCGGCAGCAGCUGCUGGGAUCAGAUGGCGCGCCGCUCAACUUCGCUGGUCUGGUGAGCCAUCUGUACUUCACAGAGAACUCGUCUUUUGCUUUCCACGCCCUGCUAAAGGAGGGCUAUUUCCAUGAGCUGUGUGCCAACAUUGCCAAGAACGAACAGGAAAUUCUGGAAACACUAAUGUUGGUCAUGUCUCAUCUCUUCAACCGGAGAGAAUGUCGACAGGCGGACUCGGAAUACCGCGAGAAGGUCGUGAAGCCGUCCUCUUCAAUUGUUUUCUUGCCUCCAAUGCCGAAGCAGGCCACGAAGAUCCUCACUGAACACAACCAACAGACUCUACGUGUCUACAAGGCAUACGUUGAAACAUUCGUGAAUCAGCAUGUGAAGCAUCAAGAUCGCGUUUUGCCAUUGUCCGGCUUGAAGGCCGGUGCGGAGAGUGGGACCAUUCCAAGCGAUUUGCAGACGCUGCCGCCAACACAAGUACGCUCGUCUUUUGUUGCGCUUUCUGGCCAUGGUGAUGACUUUGAGAGUAUUCACGAUCUGUGCCAAACCACUCGGGACGGCGUCUUCCUCGAGGAAGCGGUCAUUCCACACAUGGACGUCUACCCGGAGGAAAUGAAGGUCCCGCUCAAUGCGUAUCUGCUCGACUUUUUCAAGCAUGGCGAUGUCAUGACCAUUGAGCGUGCCAACGGCGUUCGUCGUGCAGACAUUUGGUUCCUUCUGAACGACUUCUCGCUUGUCUUGGCGACCAUCAUGACCUCGCUGAUGAAUUUCAUGAAGCUUUCCGAAGGAAGUGACAUGGACAUGCUCGACAUUAUGGGCAGAAUGGACGCGCACGAGGAGGAAGAAGAUGACAAGAUCGCCGCGGUGGAAGAGCAGCAGAGCGAGGCUUCAGGGCCGAGCAUUGCCGACUCGGGCAUUAGCGGCAUGAUGCCUGAGAGACCCAAGACUGCUGCUGCCCCGACGAAGAAGCAAUCAAAGAAUGCUGAGAGCUGGGAGGAUCUUGCGGGCGAUGAUGACGACGAUGCAGAUGGUGCCGACAGUACCGCGAGGAGGGAACUUGGUGAACAAGCAGAGGCGCUCGCGCAGGAGCUCAGCGCUUGGGAAGGCGAAGGCGGCGAGGGAUUGAAGAACGUCUUGAAGGCAUUCCAGAAGCUGCAUGCGGAGUUCAAUAUCAAGUUCAAGGCGAUGUGGGCUUAA